AUGAGCUGUGAGCCCAGGCCAGGGCUGAUAGAAGCGCUGGCCCCCAGCCUGGUGGGACCUCUGGGCAGCUGGCCGACAGACUCCGUGCUGCAAGAGCUUCCGAGAGAAGUCGAGGAAGAGAGAGAGACGGGGUCAGAGAGCGCGCGCGGGCGAGCGAGCGACGAGAGGGACAGGGGCAAAGUGAGUGACCUGCUUUUGGGGGUGACCGCCAGAGCGCAGCGUGAGCCCUCCCCCGCGGGAUCCCGCAACGGGCCAGGAGUGACGGGCAGACAGACACCGCCCCCCCCCCGCCUCAGCGCCCACCUCUUCCCCGGCGGGCGGCCGACGGUGGACGCGGCGGCGAGCCGCGGGCAGGAGCCGGAGCCCGCGCCCGGAGGCGGGGUGGAGGGGGUCGGGGCUCGCGGCGUUGCAUUGAAACUUUUCGUCCAACUUCUGGGCUGUUCUCGAUCCGGAGGAGCCGUGGUCCGCGCAGGGGCAGCCGAGCCGAGUGGACCCGGGAGAAGUGCUAGCUCGGGCCGCGGGGAGCCGCAGUCGGAGGAGGGGGAGGAGGAAGAAGAGAAGGAAGAGGAGAGGGGGCCGAGGUGGCGACUGGGCGCUCGCAAGCCGGGCUCAUGGACGGGUGAGGCGGCUGUGUGCGCAGACAGUGCUCUAGCCGCGCGCGCGCCGCAGGCCCUGGCCCGGGCCUCAGCUCCGGGAGCAAGAGGAGCCCGCCUGGGAGCGGAGGAGAGCGGGCAGCCCCGCAGCCUGAAGAGGAGAGCGAGCGCGAGCAGCGCCGGCCCCGGCCGGGCCUCAGAAACCAUGAACUUUCUGCUCUCUUGGGUGCACUGGAGCCUUGCCUUGCUGCUCUACCUCCACCAUGCCAAGUGGUCCCAGGCUGCACCUAUGACAGAAGGAGGAGACCAUAAAUCCCAUGAAGUGGUGAAGUUCAUGGAUGUCUAUCAGCGUAGCUACUGCCGUCCAAUUGAGACCCUGGUGGACAUCUUCCAGGAGUACCCCGAUGAGAUCGAGUACAUCUUCAAGCCCUCUUGCGUGCCCCUGAUGCGGUGUGGAGGCUGCUGCAAUGAUGAGGGCCUAGAGUGUGUGCCCACUGAGGAGUUCAACAUCACCAUGCAGAUUAUGCGGAUCAAACCUCACCAAAGUCAGCACAUAGGAGAGAUGAGCUUCCUACAGCACAACAAAUGUGAAUGCAGACCAAAGAAAGAAAAAGCAAGGCAAGAAAAUCCCUGUGGGCCUUGCUCAGAGCGGAGAAAGCAUUUGUUUGUACAAGAUCCGCAGACGUGUAAAUGUUCCUGCAAAAACACAGACUCGCGUUGCAAGGCGAGGCAGCUUGAGUUAAACGAACGUACUUGCAGAUGUGACAAGCCCAGGCGGUGAGCCAGGCUGGAGGAAGGAGCCUCCCUCAGGGUUUCGGGAACCAGACCUCUCACCGGGAAAGACUGAUACCGAACGACCGAACUGAAAACACGCCGCUGUCGCUGCCGCCGCCGCCGCUGCCGCUGCCGCCGCCGCCGCCGCCACCACCACACCAUCACCAUCGCCAUCGCCAGAACAACCCUUAAUCCAGAAACCUGAAAUGAAGGAAGAGGAGACUGCGCAGAGCACUUUGGGUCCGGAAAUGGAGACUCCGGCAGAAGCAUUCCCCGGGCGGGUGACCAAGCAUGGUCCCUCUUGGAAUUGGAUUGCCAUUUUAUUUUUCUUGCUGCUAAAUCACCGAGCCCGGAAGAUUAGAAAGUUUUAUUUCUGGGAUUCCUGUAGACACACCCACCCACAUACAUACGUUUAUAUAUAUAUAUUAUAUAUAUAUAAAAAUAAAUAUAUAUAUUAUAUUUAUAUAAAUAUAUAUAUAUAUUCUUUUUUUAAAUUAACAUUGUAAUGUUAUUGGUGUCUUCACUGGAUGUAUUUGACUGCUGUGGACUGAGAUGGGAGGAAAAUGUCCUUACCCAGAUCCAGACAGGGAAGAGGCCAGGAGGAGAGACUUUGGGGUGAUCCUUUUCCUUCUGUAGGGAGAGGCCAGGUCCUCUCCCCUGCCCAGGAAAGUGUGAGGCCAGGGCACGGGGGCAUACUUGGCCUGCUUUUGGGCACACCGACAAACCCAGCCCUGGCUCUGAGCCUCUACUCUGACUCAAGCGGACAGAAAGACAGAUGAAAGGUACAGGGAAGAGGAUGUUGACUCUGACCAGGGAUUUGGGGAGCUUCGGGACAUUGCUGUGCUUUGGGGAUCCCUUCCACAUGCUGCACAGGCCUUCUGCUCGCAGGGGUACAGCCUGGAAGAUUCAGGAGCCGGAACAGCCUGUGCCUACACACCUGCUUCCAAGAUGCCCACGACGCUUCUGACAGAUGUAGCGGAGAGAAGAGACAUUGGCGGAAGCACCUCCUGCCUCCCCCCCCCCCCACGCCCCUUCCCGGCGUGCAGCUCAGAGGCCCUGAUGUCCUCAGACCAUUGAAACCACUACUUGUGUCCCUAGGGACCUGGCUGUGUGUGUGUGAGUGGUGACCCUCCUCUGCCCCAACCCGACCCUUCCCGCGGCACCCAGAGAUAGGGCAGGAUUCAUGUGCCUGUCAUGGAGGCAGAGAAAAGAGAAAGUGUUUUAUAUACGGUACUUAUUUAAUAUCCCUUUUUAAUUAGAAAUUAAAACAGUUAAUUUAAUUAAAGAGUAGGGUUUUUUUCAGUAUUCUUGGUUAAUAUUUAAUUUCAACUAUUUAUGAAAUGUAUCUUUCUCUUGCUCUCUUAUUUGUACUGGUCUUGUGUAUGAAAUUCAUGUUUCCAAUUUCUCCUGAUCAGUGACAGCUUGUCCUGAAACGUAUUUAAUUUUGCUAACACUAAACUCUGCCCUCCCCUUACCCCUGACUCCCCACCACACAUUCCUUUGAAAUUAGGUUUCAAUAUACAUCUACAUACUAUAUAUAUAUUUGGCAACUUAUGUUUGUAUAUAUAUAUAUAUAUAUAUAAUAUAUAUAUAUGUUUAUGUAUAUAUGUGAUUCUGAUAAAAUAGACAUUGCUAUUCUGUUUUUUAUAUGUAAAAACGACAAUAGAGAAUUCUACAUACUAAAUCUCUCUCCUUUUUUAAUUUUAAUAUUUGUUAUCAUUUAUUUAUUGGUGCUACUGUUUAUCCAUAAUUGUGGGGGGAAAAGAUUAACACUACAUUUUGUUUUAGUGCAGUUUUUCAAGAUAUUCUGUAGUACAUAUUUAUUUUUAAACAACGGCAAAGAAAUACAGAUAUAUCUUAA